AUCAUGGCGGCGCAGUUUUGAGAGCAGAGAAACCUCUUUCUUUUCUGUUAAUUUCUCCUGUAACAUUCAACUAAAAUCACAAGAGUCAGCCGGGGUUUUCCUCGCAGGGCAGCAGGGGUUGGAGUUUGACGAGAAGGUCCGAGGUUUCGGUCUGCUGCUUGCGUUGCUGCUCGGUUUCCUAAAGAGUUUGAAGAUGUGUUCCCAGACCAAGGCAGCGGCUCUCAUGGCCAACAUUCCGCGGGCAGAUAUUGACCCUUCUGGGGUUUUUAAAUACGUCCUGAUCCGGGUCCACAGUCGAGAGGAGGGAGACGACUCGGAGUUGGAUAUAGUCCGAGGAUACGGCUGGGCUGAGUACCACGGUGAUAUCUAUGAUAAGGUUUCAGCCGAGCUGGAAGGAGGAAGCCUGCUGGACUGCGAGUGUAUCGGGGGAGGCAGGAUAAAACACGACCCAGAUGCCAAGAAGAUCCAUGUGUACGGAUACUCCAUAGGAUAUGGAAGAGCAAACCAUGCGGUGACCACAGAGAAACUGAAGGAGCAGUACCCAGACUAUGAGGUGACCUGGGAUAAUGAAGGCUACUGAAAUAAGCAGCAGCUGGACUGAGCUGUGCCUGUUGUUCUGGACUGCCAUGGCCUCUGUUACUAACAGAACAAACCUGCCCUUCAGUCUGAUAGUUGAAACCCUCCCGAAUGUAUUGCAAGAACAACACUGACUGAGAAGAUACAAGGUUUUGUUCCCAACUAUUCACUGCAUCAAAAACUAAAACUAAUGCACAACUAUCAUUGUAUGACUUUAUACAUCACACCGUGAAAUCUCAUUAAAGUACCUGGUGGAUUAUUUCACAGCCUCAUUGAGCUGAGCCAAUAAUCAAAACAAAGAUUUUCCACUCAGUCUAGGAUAGCAGGGAACUAUAUCUGGAUUAUGGAGAAGAAAAGAUUUAAUGUUAACAAAUUUAAAGAGUGAACAUCAUGUUUUAUUGUAAUUGAGAAAACGAGUUGAACUCCUGUGAUAAAGGUUAUUAAUAGAAAAAUAAAAUAGGUUGUUUUUUUGUUUAGAUCUCAUGUAAGUGUUCUCUGCUAUGUUUUGUUUUUUGCAGCUUUCUAUUUCUGAACGUAAGAAAGACAUUUUAAUGAACAUUACAUGGAUUUUGUUACUUUAAUGUAAAAAUCUCAGGAAAAAUCAGCAGAAAUGUGAUGUGGAAAUUUGAUUCUUGAAAAAACGCACAUCUUAAAUUGAAAAACAUAUGUGGAACAAAUUUGUAUCCUUAUGUAGGUUAAAGUAUUUCUCUUCUUUCUAUGCAUUCAAACAUUUAACAUAAGAUUCUCAGAAAUAUGCACAGCAGCUGGUAUAGUCGGUGUAAGAUCCUCAACUUUCCCAGUAAGAAUUCUGACUUCGGGGGACGGUUUCUGUAUUUCAGACUGGGAAAUCAGCGGAAAAAGACAACUUUCAUAUACAAACUGAACACAGCAAUAAAAGCCACGAGGUGCUGAAUAGACCAUGUUAAAACGCUCGCCCCACUUUAUCAAUGAUUGAUUUUUGUCAAAGUAAUAAAGUCCAAACAUAGUUCCAUAAA